UGGCAGGGGAGAAGGAGGCGCCCGGGCUGCUAGGCGCGGGCCGCUGAUGUUUUGACUGUGCCACGGGCCGUGGAGAGCGGCGUCCAAACAGCGCCACAGGGCGAAAGGAGGAGGAGGAGGAGACUGCUGCGCGUGAGGGGCGAGAGAGACACACGCGGCUGGUGAUGUUUGCGGCUGCCUGGCGAAGGCGGAGGGAGGGCGAAUUCCCCGCCUGGAACUCGAGAGAGUUUGUAUGCUGCGUGUGGAACUGAGGAGAAGAAUGUGCUCCAGCCCCACCUCCUCCGCCGCCGCCUCGCGCUGCUGCUGCUGCUGCUGCUUCUGCUCCUCACAAGCCAAGGAGGCUGGAAGAGAAGGGAGUCGGGCUGCCGCCGCCGCUGCCGGGUGCGCUGUGCUUGCGCCGCGGGAGCGAGCCCUGCCGCUGCUGCACCUGGCUUCAGCCGCUGUGGGAUGUGCAGCAAACGCCUCCUCCUGAACUCCACUACUUCUCCCGCGCGCUCUCCGGCUCUUCUUUGGCGCCCAGCGGCUUCCCGCGUCGGCUGUCCUCGGCUUCUGCGGGGAAACCUCCCAGACCUUCCUCCCUGCCAAGGAUGCCCGCCUUAAGAAGUGGGAUCACAUUUGAGAACGCAUGGCUAGUCAUCUGUUUUGGAUCUGGAGCCUUUCUAUCAUACCCCUGAUCUCUUCCAUAAACUCUGAAAGCACCUGAACACUGAAGAUAAUUUCUUCUUUGAAAAGAACCUGGUUUAAAGUAGAUGUACUAGAUCUUCUGAAUGAGCAUAAGGAUAAAAAGACUGAAGAAGUCCUGAAGAUUGAUGGAGGGCCAUGCUAUUCAAACAGCAGGUGUUGCUGAGACAGAAGCUCCUUGUGCUAGGCAGCCUUGCUGUUGGAAGUCUCCUAUAUCUAGUUGCCAGAGUUGGGAGCUUGGAUAGACUGCAGCCCAUUUGCCCUAUUGAUGGUCGGUUUGGACUCCAUGGCCAAGAUGAAAUUCCACUCCGAGCACUACAGUUUAAACGUGGUUUGCUACAUGAGUUUCGGAAGGGCAAUGCCAGCAAGGAGCAAAUUCGACUUCACAGUUUGGUCCAACAGAUCCCAAAGGCCAUAAUCAUUGGGGUGAGGAAAGGAGGCACACGAGCUCUAUUGGAAAUGCUGAAUCUCCACCCAGCAGUGGUCAAAGCUUCUCAAGAAAUCCACUUCUUUGAUAAUGAUGAGAACUAUGCCAAGGGCAUUGAAUGGUACAGGAAAAAAAUGCCAUUUUCUUACCCUCAUCAAAUAACAAUUGAGAAAAGUCCUGCAUACUUUAUCACAGAGGAGGUACCUGAAAGGAUAUAUAAAAUGAACUCAUCCAUCAAAUUACUGAUCAUUGUCAGGGAACCCACAACAAGAGCUAUUUCUGAUUACACUCAGGUGCUGGAGGGGAAGGAACGAAAGAAUAAAACAUACUACAAAUUUGAGAAGCUGGCAAUUGAUUCAAAUACCUGUGAAGUCAACACUAAAUACAAGGCAGUAAGAACCAGCAUCUACACAAAACAUCUGGAGAGGUGGUUAAAAUAUUUUCCCAUUGAGCAGUUUCAUAUUGUUGAUGGUGAUCGUCUCAUUACAGAACCACUUCCAGAACUCCAGCUGGUAGAGAAGUUCUUAAAUCUUCCUCCAAGGAUAAGUCAAUAUAAUUUAUAUUUCAAUGCCACCAGAGGGUUUUACUGCUUGCGAUUUAACAUUGUCUUUAACAAGUGCCUGGCAGGAAGCAAGGGACGCAUCCAUCCAGAGGUGGAUUCCUCUGUCAUUACCAAAUUACGCAAAUUCUUUCACCCUUUUAAUCAGAAAUUUUACCAGAUCACAGGGAGGACAUUUAACUGGCCCUAAAGUAAAUUUCAUACAACACUAUGUGUUGCACCCAGAGAUAUGCAACCGUGUCUCUACCAGAGUAAAAAUAUGCACUUUUCAUAUACACAGCUAUCAAAGUAACCCCUUUUCAUGCAUUCUUGUACAUAUGCAAUGUGUGACCAAAUAUAAGAUUGGAUCAGUUUUUCUGCAGAGCAGUGAAUAACAUAAAAUUUACUCUGCAUAAUUGCAUCAUUUUGUGCUAUACAAUUAAAGGAGAAGAUGUCAUUAAAAGAAACUAACUCAGCUAUUCAAUUCAAAGGGUCAGUACUCUACUCUGUAAAAGGUUGUUACCAAAUAUAUUUAGAGAGAAGGCAUAAUAUCAGUUUUGAAUUCACUGCAAAAAUUAUAUUAGGCUAUUAUGGAGACACAUUGUUAGAAGAAUAUUGACCCUUUUAAAGCAUAAAUCUACACUUCAGACUUAUUCAGGUUGUUCCUUCUUCCUGGGGAAUGUUUUGAACUGGACUCAGAGAAUUUUGAGCACUAUCCUAGGAUUCUUUGAGAACAUGGUGACAAUUAAAAUGCUAUCAAGUCAAUAUAAGUUAGCAGUGUAGAUUUAUCCUGUGUGAAGCUGAGUUGUUCUAUUGGAAUUCUUUUCCUAUUUUUGAAAAAAAAAUCUCUCAUGCAAUCAACAUUGUUUCAAAUUUCCUGUGGUGAGUUUGCACUAUUGUUUUAUUGUAUGGAUCAUCUUGGCACUUGUAGCAUGUCAAUCAUAUGUCAAAAUGAAAAUCUUUUUUUUUCCUUCUAUGCUUGUAUGUUGACAAAGAAAAACCUGUUGUAUAUAAUGUAUAUUGUUUGUAAAUACUGGUUUCACACUAAGUAAUUCUAUUUUGUAAACUGAAUAUGGCUAUUUAAUUUAUUGUGAAAAUUAAAUUUAUUGUGGUAUUUAAAAAUGGAAUGGAUUAAAAUUGCUAUAUGUGCA